AUGAAAUUUCGUGAAGAAUUCGACAAUUUCAAUGGAGAGCCAAAAUCGCCCGUCGUAAAAGAAUUUAAACGAAUUGUUGAAGUCACUCAACUCGAACCGUUAGAUGCGAUUAGUUCGAAUCGCGAAUACAAUCGAAUUGUUGUCGGAGGAGUGAGAGCUUCUCUGCGAAUUUUCCAAGUCUCGCCAAAUGUAGACGGUCUCGAAAACGAGUUCUGCUUUCGAUUGGGUAAAAAGCGGAACUUAUUAUCAGCGAGUCAUGUUGCCUGGAGUAAAACACGAGAUCAGUGCAUUGGGACAACUUCAACCAAUGGAGCUGUCACAUUGUGGAAUGCCGAGCGAGGAGAGAUCGAAUACUCUUUUCAAGCUCACAAGCGAACAGCCACCGUGGUCCGUUUUCAUCCCACUGAUGUGAAUUUGUUGAUCAGUGGAUCAAAAGAUGCUUCCGUUUACCUCUAUGAUCUGCGCGAGAAAAAUCAAGUCACUUGUUUUAGCGUUGGAUCUUUUGAGACAAUUCGAGACGCUUCCUUUCACAAAUAUCCAGAAUGUUCAACGCUUUUCGUCACUGCCGACGAUUCGGGAAUGAUUAGAAUUUGGGAUAUCAGAGAGCCAAAGAAACCGUAUCUCCAUUUUCCGGCGCAUCAAGGUUACGCAGCAAGUAUCAGUCUUCACUCAAAAGCACCACAUCUUUUGGCAACAGGUGGUGGGCGGGAUCGUUUUAUUAAGGUAUGGAACUGGAAAAGUAUGCUUGACGAAAACAAAGACACUCGACCAAUGUACACCGUUGAAACAAUGGCUCCAAUAGGGCGCAUCUACUGGAGACCCGGCUGUGAAUAUCAGAUCUCUUCUUGUGCGAUAGUUAACGAUACAAGUGUGCAUGUGUGGGAUGUGAGAAGACCUUUUCUGCCAAUUUAUUCUUUUGAAGAACACAUCGACAGUUGCACAGAUAUGUGUUGGAGGAAUGCAGUCGAGCAGAAUACUUUCGUCUCUUGCGGGAAAGAUGGUCGAGUGGUGUUACACACAAUGCGAGAAGCGGCACGACCGCACGAUUUUGCGAACGACUGCACCGUUGAUGUGGCUCCCGAUGGAUUGUAUGCUCUAGGAGUCAGCUCUGGCGUUGUUGAUGCACAAAUGUCAGAUGUGAUUGAUUGGUACAAAAGAGAUUCAAAUCGACGACAAAAUGAGCCGAUAGUCAAAGAUUUGAGUGAACAUCCAUUCGAUGCCUCAUUUGAACUCCCCGCUAGCGACAAGCGUGCAUAUUUGGGGCCAUAUCUCUUCAAGAACAACAACUAUCUACCACAUCAUGAAGGCGGCUAUUGCCCCUUUUCUAGUUUGAUUCCCUCAGAGAUCCGACUGGGUGUUCCCGAGCUUCAAAGUGGACAAGAAAUUCAAAAGUUCUUCAAAUGUGCUAAUGGUUAUCGUCUUGGUGGUGCAAGUAUCACAGAACUUUGCGCAAAUAAUGCUCGAGUUUCUGAAAGAAUGGGAAUUCCACAGGUGGCACAAACAUGGAGACUGGUCGAAGCUCUAGCCGAACAAGCACAAAUCGAAAAAAGAAGAAUUGAGAAAGAGAUGGAGACACAAAAAGAAUACACCGAACAAUUUCGAAUGCAAAUCUUGUCUUUGAUUCAACAAGAACGGUUACGAUGUUUGCACGCAAUUCCGGAAUCACUUGCUAAGUGUCGUUUGGCAGGAUGGAUUUUCGAAAAAGAUCGACAAAUAGCCGAACAAUGGCGGGCCGAUUGUCCCUCAUCAGCGAGCAUUUUUCCAACCGCUUCUCCAUUUGCCAUUUCGGCUAUCACCGCCACUUCUGAUUUCUAUUUUGGUGAUGGAGAGUUGGAAGGAUGUUUACAUACAAGUUGUCAGCGUGCACAACUAUGCUCAGCUCGUUUCCCAGAAGUUUUACCAUUUCGAUCUGAUUGGCGUCCGUUAAAAGUGGAAGCUUUUACACAAAGAGAUCCAAUGGAAGUGAGCCCAUCAGCGUCAAAACCUUUGCCAAAAAUUGCCGAAGUUCUUCAAUAUCACGCUGAUUUGGGAGAUGUACAAACAUGCUCGUGUGUGGCUCUUGUAAUUGGUGGUCUUCUAGGAGAAGCUAUUGAUGAAGAUACCGCCGCAACUUGGUUUUCCAACUAUCUUGAGAUGCUCGAUCGAUUGGAGUUAUUUGUCGCAAUGGCUGCCGUAAGAAAAUAUGCUUGGGUGAAAAGGAUCAGCGACAAAGUGUUGACGGGAACACACCUUAACGUUUCUUGUCUAAAAUGUCGGAAAAGAAUGGUUGACGGUGCGUGUCUUCGUUGCGAUAGGAGAGUCGCUGAAUGUGUAAUAUGUGAUUUAAUGAUUUUUGGAAUGCAUUGGAUGUGUGGGAAAUGUCGUCACCCAAUGCAUCUCGACGAAGCAGUUGAAUGGUUUGAAGUCUCAUCAAUGUGUCCGGUCAGUGGAUGUAAAUGUCAAUGCAAUCUUCGAACAACCGAGCAAAAAGUGAUGCCCUCUAGGCCACAACCACAGCUAUUUUUCUCGAAAAAGAUUGAGAUUCGAAGGGAUUCGCGUGCAAGUGAUUCGAAUGGCUAUCGGCAAAGAGGAUCGGCCGUCAACGCAGCAUCUUGGAAUCUGGCUCGAGUCCGACAAAGGCGAGGAUCGUCUCGUUCAAAUAAUCGGCUACAAGAGCAGGUACUAAAAGAAGAGGAAAACUCGGAAUAUCUUUUAAUCGACACACAAGCACAGAAGAAAAUCGCACAAGAAGGACUCGGAACAGCUGAUGAGUUUAACUUGGUUGUUUUCCAUUUUGCCGAAGAGAGACACAAGAAAGCCUAUCCACGAUGGGCUUCUUGGAGGAGAACUUUUACA